CUAAUUUCAAAGGUCAUAUCCACCACUAGCCUAUAUUAUUUUUCACUACAGACUUAACUUCUGUUACAUGUGGCUACAGAUUACCUGUAAUAACUGCGGAACGGACAAGACCAGUAGAUGGAGGAAUAAUAAAACUAUGUGUAACGCCUGCUUUUUGUGGCCCAAACAUCACCGUGGGACUUAACUUCUGUUACAAGAAAUAUGUAUCAACUGCACCACCACAACAACAACUAGGUGGUGGGGCCAAAAAUGACAUGCUUGUCAUCAAUGGCAAAUGAACCACAAUGGGAUUACCUGUAAAAACUGUGGCACUGACCAGACCAGUAAAUGGAGAAAAAAGAAUACAAUGUGCAACGCCUGCUUUCAAUGGCCGAAUAAUCACCGUGGGAAAAUCUGUAACAACUGUAACACUGUGACAUCAUCAAAAUGGUGGAAAGGUGGCACAGAAUGCAACGCGUGCAAUCAGUACUACAAGAAUCACGGUGGGGAAAAAUGCAAUAACUGCAACAAAACAAUUAAUCUAAAAUCAAACAAAAAAUGGUUGUACAAAGAUUCAGACGGCCAGUUAUGUAAAGAAGAUAAUGGAGACGGGGAACAAUAUCCAGUUUGCAGCAAAUGCAACCUAAACAUCCGUAGAAGAGAAAAAUGCACUAAUUGCAACAAGAACAUUAAACAAAAUCAAACAAAAGAUGCUUACAAAAAUAUGCAGACGGCCAAUUCUGGAUACAAAAAAAUGCAGACGGGGAAAAUUAUGUAG